GUGUGCAGCCUGUGGUAUGUGAAUCACUAUCAUUUCCCUUGCAGCAGCAACAGCAGCCAGGAGCAGGCAGUACAGUGCGCCUCAGAGGCUCAGUAGCUCCCCCUGACCAGCUGAGGAAGCCACCGGGCACACAGACCUGUGAGGCAUACGGGAUACAGCGGGGUGCAGACUUCCCGGGGGGUAGCGUCUCUCUCAGUCCCUCUGACCUUGGGUGCAGCGAGCCGGGCACAUGUCGCUAAGCGGGGCUACACAUGCAGGAACCCCGAGAGAGGAGAAGAGAUGAGAGAAGACGAGGGAAGGCAGCAAUGUACUAAUACGCCGCCUCCCGCGGUCGCUGUGUAGGAAUAGCUAUUACCAUAGAAGUGACUGGGUGACACUGCUCUGCCUUCCCUGUGACGGAGUGAGGGGGGCUUCCCCUGGAUACGCCGGUGUGGCAGCAGCCCGGUCGGCGGCGGCCAGGAUGCCAGUGCUGGACACAUGCUAUAACUCGGCGGCAGCGAUAAGCAGGAGCUGGAGGACAGGUGAGGUGCUAGCACCGACUUUCAUGGGUAGUUUGCCAGCAGCCUUCCACCCGGGGACCCUGUCCUGCGAGCUGCCGGAGAUUAUAGAGAUGGUGAAGCUCCUGUGGAAGUCUAAGAACGGACUGCAGAGUGGGAAACAGAGGGGUCUGCUGGCCAACGAAGAUGCCCUGCCCGGGCUGCCAGGAGAUGCUCGAGUAAGAGGUCCAACAGGGUUUCUCUCUGAACGCCGUGGCUCUUAUCCUUUUAUUGAUUACCGGCUUUUGAACAAUACAGCACACUCAGGAGAAAUUGGCACUAAGAAAAAAGUAAAGAGACUCUUGAGCUUUCAGAGAUAUUUUCAUGCAUCAAGGCUUUUACGUGGAAUUGUGCCACAAGCCUCACUGCACUUAUUGGAUGAAGACUAUCUUGGCCAAGCACGGCAUAUGCUAUCUAAAGUGGGAAUGUGGAAUUUUGACAUCUUCCUGUUUGACCGCCUGACAAAUGGUAACAGCCUAGUAACAUUGCUGUGUCAUCUAUUCAACGUCCACGGGCUUAUCCAUCACUUCCAGCUGGACAUGGUGAAGUUGCACAGAUUUUUAGUUAUGGUACAAGAAGACUAUCACAGCCAAAAUCCAUAUCACAAUGCUGUCCAUGCUGCAGAUGUCACACAAGCUAUGCACUGCUAUUUGAAAGAGCCAAAGCUUGCCAGCUAUCUCACACCUCUGGAUAUAAUGCUUGGGCUGUUGGCAGCCGCAGCACAUGAUGUGGAUCAUCCAGGAGUUAACCAGCCAUUUUUGAUAAAAACUAAGCACCACCUUGCCAGCCUUUACCAGAAUACAUCUGUUUUAGAGAACCACCACUGGAGGUCCACUGUUGGCAUGUUGAGAGAAUCAAGGCUAUUAGCACAUUUGUCAAAGGAAAUGACGCAGGAUAUCGAACAGCAGUUGGGCUCCUUGAUACUAUCAACAGAUAUAAAUCGUCAGAAUGAGUUUCUUAGUCGGUUUAAAGAUCACCUUGACAACAAAGAUCUCAUCUUGUCUGAUCCAGACCAGAAGCAUUUUAUGUUACAGAUUGCCCUGAAGUGUGCUGAUAUCUGCAAUCCUUGCCGUGUGUGGGAGCUGAGCAAGCAGUGGAGUGAAAGAGUCUGUGAAGAAUUCUACAGACAAGGAGACCUUGAACGGAAGUUUGGCCUAGAAAUAAGUCCACUUUGCAAUCAACAAAAAGAUUUAAUUCCUAGUAUACAAGUUGGCUUCAUAACCUACAUUGCAGAGCCAUUGUUUGUAGAGUGGGCAAGAUUUACUGGAGACACUCCUCUAUCUGUAAAUAUGCUAAAUCACCUCAGGAAGAAUAAGUCCAAGUGGAGAGCCCUGUUACACAAGCAGCGCAGCAAGAGCAAUGAUUGCUUGGGACCAGUAACUGAAGGCAAAGAAGACCAAAAGAUCAGUGAAGGUGGAGCUCCUUAGUGACAAUGUCUUCACUGUAGCAUUGCUGUCCUUUUCUUUGCUGCUUUCAAUGAAGUGGGAUUCAUAUAAAGCUCAGAUGGGCUGUUGUUGCUUUUCACAACAGGUUUAUGGAAGAUGAGAAGAUAGCAGAGUAUAGUUAUCUGGAGAGUGGUGACCAUAUUCUGCUCAGUCUGGUAUUCUAAUAUAUCAGCCUUGGAUAUCUGAGUUUGAGCAAGACCUACACCCCUGAUUUCCAGUGAUCAAAAUUGACUAAUGACAAAUGAGGACACAUGGAUAGGUGGAUAUGUUCCUGGAUGAACUUUGCAACCAGAAUAUGCCAUAUCCAAAGUAAUGUAGCAGCAUAUAGCACUUUUAGACUACUUUUCAGAGCUUAGUGCAGCUACCCCAACCUCUGGAUUACCAACGCCACCACAACCACAAGAGUAAACACAGAACCACAAAACCACCACCAGCAUCAACUGGACUCAGAAGAGAUAUGUCUGAGAAGACAACUUUGUAAUAUUAUUAUCUAAAAGAUCACAAACAAGAUAUUCUUUUUUUAUUUUUACAUUUUAUAUUCUCUAGACCAGAACAAAAUGUAAGUUUGAAUGAAGCACUACCCUACAAAUGUACAGACACUUUUGAAUGUUUUCACACCACUUUCGUAGUGUGUUUGUGCAAAAAGAAAGCAAUGGCCACAUAAACUGUUGGCUGGACCUGUUUUGCUUUUUAUCUACACAUGGCCAGUGCUCCGUCUGUAUGCAGGGGGUUUAUAAAUGUAAUUACAACAGAUGUAUUUUUGCAUCUGCACUGUUUUCUGUGUACACUAAGCUACUGAUCCCCAUGCCAAAAUACUGACGCUUUGUGAUAACUGCUAUCUGUACAGAUAUUGGCACUGUGAACAGAAUACUGUUACUCUUCAACAUAUAUAUUAUAGCAUCUGUAAAUAUAGUACAUAGUCUAUUUCUAAUAGAUCGCUCAUUUUAAGGCCUUAAAUUGUAAAUUGUCAUGUAUCAAUUGUUAUAUUUUCAACAUAAUUCACCAAUGCCUUUUGUCAGUUACUAAGUCACUAAGAAACCAGAUAGUAGGGAUCAUUUAUUAACAAUGCCUUUAGAUACAAAACUUGCACACAUUCACAGCAGUUGUCUGUCCCGUUCACAUUAGACAUUGUCAGUGAGUUUCUGAUUAGUUGCUGUGGUCUAGUGGAAAUGUUGUACUAACAUGCAAUUUUAGUAACAAGACUCUAGAGAUUGUUUGCAGUGUUGUACUUCAUAACAUUCCACAAAAUAGGUUAUGUACUAAUAGGGGAUAGAUCUUAAAAGAUCACUGUAGUUGGAGUUGACUUCAUCAUAGGAUUCUUGGUAGUUUCCAGAUGAAACAGACCAAAAAUGAACCCAAUCUAGCACAGUUCCUGACCUUUUAAUAAAAUCUUAGCCUGAGAUAAAUUAACACUUUUAAGCAAUCUACAAAAAAAACAACAAUGAAAUUAAUACAUCAACAAACUCUGCAUGGUUCCACUGUACAACUUAUACACCGUGAGAAACUCAGCAGGUCUAAUACUAUACUGUGCGGCUACUACACCAAGAGACACUGCAGCCCCAAUACUAUUAUGUAAUGUGUAGCUACUAUACCAAGAUACACUGUGCAGCUCCAACAUCACGGAUCACUGUGUAACUACAAAACCAUGGGCUAGAUGUACUAAACCCUAUAAAAUAAACCAAAAAAUUAAGUUAUUGCCCAUAGCAACCAAUCAUACUCUAACUAUAAUUUAUCUUGUACAGCUUAGAAAAAAAUAGCUUGGAUCUGAUUAGUUGCUAUAGACAACACCCCCACUUUUCUUUUUUAGGAGUUUUAGUAAACCUAUACCUAUGAGACAUUAUGCAGCUCUAGCUGUAUCAGGAACUCUAGAACUACCAUCUAUAGAGGAGCACUGGCAGCAAGACCUAAGAGUAUAGUGUCUUUUUUGUGGAAUCCUGCCAUUAAUUGCACAUAGUUGCUAUCUUAACUUCAGCACACCCUUUCUUUCUAUAGAAUUAUAGAGGGCUGAGCGGUGCAUACCACAAGCUGGCUGAGUGACGAAAACAAAGAGAGUAGUAUUUAGGAAGACGAAGAUUUAUUUAAAAAAUAUUUUUAUUAGUCCUUUCAUGACAGUAUAUUAAGAACCAUUAUUUUUUAGUCUAAUAAUGAUGAGACAUGUAACAAAGCAUCUUUCAUACACAAGCUACUGACCUACUCUGUUUAACUUCUUUUGCCUUCUACAUGAAAUCAUUAAAAAAAAUGAAUAUGCCUUGUGGUUCAAUGUACCCAUUGUAUACCAUUUUGUUUAUCAUGUGUAUUUGUUGUUUUAUUAUCAAAUUCAUGCACGUUUUCUGGUUAAUUUUUGCUUGAGGUGGUUAUAGUAUACAUUCAUAUUUUAUAGCGAAGUCUUAGCUUCAUUUUCAGAAAUGCAUGUGUCCCAUUAACUUAGUUCUACCUGUGUUAUGAUGAUGAAAAUAAUUAUUUUGUAUUGUGUAGUACACAAGAUCUGUUAUGAUUACAAAAUCCCCAGUAAAAAUAAGAUGAAAGGAAGAAAAAAAUACCAGACCCUACUAGAGGAGAUUUCCACCCAAUAUAUUUCUUGCACCUUACCCAAUAAUGGUAUCAAAAUGAUUUGAAAAACAUUGUUAAAACAUUUUUGCUGUCUAAAAAUUAAAAAAAUAGCUUUUAAAUCCUCCAGCUUUUUACAGCAUAUCCGCAUUCCAUAGUGAGCCUUGAUGGGAACAUCUGUAAGUGAAAUGGGUUGUCUUAAAUUAAUGAGAGCUGGUAAGGGGUUGGGAGAGCAAUCAUGGAUUGGUUCUAAAAGAGUUACAGUAUGUGGGCUACAUUCUGCAUUGGUCAAGAAUAUCUGUCGCUUACAUGCUUUAUACGAAGCAUAAAGUGGAUGGGAAAAGUAAUAAUUAUGAAUCGUGAAUUGGGAAUGUGAAAUUUAAAAACUGGAUCAUAAUAUAAAAGUGUACGUUUUCAUAUAUGUAAGCAUUAUUUAUAUAAGGGUAAAGAAAAAGCAUACAAAGGUUCUUAUCUGCCAUCAGAUUCUCUGUUUCUAAGUCAUUUAUCUCCACAUUGACUUCCACUGGUCAUUUUUAGCCAUCAAAGCGCAUAUAAAGUUAUUGUUUUUUAAUUAAAUUUUUACUUCAAUCAGUGAAUGCCUCAUGGAGGAAAAAAAAAUAAAUGUUUGUACAAUUAGGUUUAAUAAGUAUGAUAGUAUCUGCUACUAUAUCUUGCCUUAUGGCAAACUGAUGUAUUAGACACUACAGAAGCACCCACAUCAUGCUUCACCAGCCACAGGUAUAGUAUGCUGUUAUGAGUAGUGCAGCCACAGUUAUUAUGAAGACUGUCAGAAAAUAAUGGGGUAGAUUUGUCAAAGCUUGGAGAGAGAGAAACUAAUAACCAAUCAGCUCCUCCCUGUUAUUUUUAAAAUGCAGCCCUUAACAUGGUAAUUAGAAACUGAUUGGUUGGUACUUUAUUUCUGUCCACAUCAGCUCUCUCCUAGCUUUGAUAAGUCUUACCCAAUGUUUUGUAUGAAAAUCAUACAACUGUGUAUCUAGGUUACCAGUCUGUGAUUUAUCAAGCAGAUGUGCAUAUCUGCUAAACCAAGUUUGUGAUGCCCAUUGUCUGAGUAGGUAUACAGUAUAUACAGUAUAUAGAUAUUUAUGGAUGCCUAACAGUUUAAUACACAUAAGUCUGAAACUAUUAUUUCAACAAACUCACUACAAAAGAAACAUUUGAUGUGAUGGAUUUUGAUUUGCAGAGUAAUAGUUUCAGUUGCCAAAAUAAGUACAUUAUUAUUAUUAUUAGCAGUUACUUAUAUAGCGCCAGCAUAUUCUGUUGCACUUUAUAUGUUUCACGUCUAAUAAUAUGUAUUUUUAUUAAUAAAAAAGUAUUUUUUUCAAUA